UCACCUCAAAGAAUAAUCAUUCUUGGCAAAAAAUCAAUUAUGGAAAAAAUAAAAUUUAGUGUCUGCACUUCAAUUUCUCAGUACAAGCUACUAAUGCAGCUGCUCUGUUUUAUCAUCCUUUUUCUAGCUACAUUUCCUCCUUCUUCUUCUUCUAGUCUCUCUUUCGAUUUCUACACACUUUCUUGCCCCGUUGUCGAAUUAACGGUGAAAAAUACAGUCAGAUCAGCUUCUGAUGUGGACCCCACAAUCCCCGGAAAACUCCUCCGUCUGCUCUUCCAUGACUGCUUCGUCAACGGCUGUGAUGCUUCUGUGUUAUUACAAGGAAAUGCAACCGAAAGAAGUGAUCCAGCUAACCAAUCACUCGGCGGGUUUUCGGUUAUAGAUUCAGCAAAGAGAGUUCUUGAAAUCUUUUGCCCUGGAACAGUUUCUUGUGCUGAUAUACUAGCAUUGGCUGCUCGAGACGCAGUCGAAUUUACAGGAGGGCCGAAUAUUCAGAUUCCGACAGGUCGGAAAGACGGUCGGAUUUCCAUGGCAGCAAACGUGAGACCGAAUAUUAUAGACACAAGCUUCACAUUGGAUGAAAUGAUCAAGAUCUUUUCUGCUAAGGGCUUAUCUAUAGAUGACCUUGUUACCCUCUCCGGAGCUCACACAAUUGGAAGAUCGCAUUGCGGUUCGUUCAACGAUAGGUUUAAGGUCGACUCGAAUGGAAAUCUUACGUUGAUCGAUUUAUCAUUGGAUAGACAAUAUGCAACUCAGCUAAUGAAAAUGUGUCCUAAUAAUAAUAACGAUAGAGUGACGGUGAACAACGAUCCUUCUUCGCCUCUACAAUUCGAUAAUGCGUACUUCAAGAUUUUGCUGGCUCACAAGGGGCUUUUCCAAUCGGAUUCUGCGCUGUUAAAUGACGAGAGAACGAAGAAUCGAGUGGUGGAAUUCGCUAAUAGUCAAGAUAGUUUCUUUGAGCGAUGGAGUUCGUCUUUUUUGAAGCUUUCGAGUGUCGGAGUGAAGACGGGUGGCGAGGGCGAAAUUCGACAAUCUUGUUCGAUGUCUAAUACCUAGACGAAUUUUUAUUUAUUUAUUUAUUUUGUUUUCCUUUUCGGGUUUUGAGUCUUGUUUACAUAGUAGCUAGAAAUUGUGGCAUUGUUGAUUGGAUCAUAUGACUAUAUAUAUAUAUAUAUAUGGAAAAAUUUGUGUUGAACUUGGUUAGUUUGAGUUUUUGUAGUAUUCGUUGGUCUGUUCUAUGCUAUAUCGGGUAGAUUUUUACCAUUCAUACACAUACACACACAUUAAUGUGUGUAGAUCAACAGUAAAAAUUCACACAGUAUAAUCUUCACGGGUUGUAACAUAAAAAUAACCGUAUUUGUUCAGCUAGUUUCUUGAUUUUGUGUUA